AUGACUUACUGGACCCAGUUCUGGCGAUGGACUUCCAGCCUUAGCACGCUCCCAUUUCGUAUGAACGAAUGGUUGCUUUCGCUGCCGUCUGGAUGGAAGAUAUCGUUCGGUAUCUGGAUAAGAUAUACAGUGGACAGUCCAGGGGCGCCACCCUCUAUGGCUUUGAAUGGUGAACGGACAACAUACAUGCACACACCCAUAGAUAAGAGGCAAGGAGACAUUCGUUUGCUUAAGCUCCAUCCUGGAAAUCCUGGUGACACGAUAAGCACGUCUUUGGUCACAUCGCAUCUGAGUGAUGGUCCUUCCUUCGAAGCAAUGUCCUACGUCUGGGGUAAUUAUAGUGAUCAAGCCCAAAUAUUAGUUGACGGCCAGCUCUACUGUAUCAGCAAGAGUUUAUACGACGCUCUUCACGAUUUGAGACAUCCAGAUUCAGUAAGGACUUUCUGGACGGACCAUGUGUGUAUCAACCAAAUGGACAUGGAAGAAAGAGUGGAUCAGGUUGAGAAGAUGGGCCAAAUCUACAAAACUGCAAGUAAUGUUGUUGUUUACCUGGGUGGAGGCACAGAUCAUACCGAGACAGACAUGCAGCACUUUCAGUCUUUCAUACAACCAUACGCCCGAGGGGAAGAAGCCCCGUGGUCCCAUAUACCGAUACACGAUUUAGGCCGAAGCAUCAACAGUAUUCUUACCGCACCUUGGUUCGAACGCAUGUGGACAGUUCAGGAGGCAGUAUUAGCCAAGAAGACUACGUUACAGUGGGGUAGCUACCAAGUUCAGUGGGCUGGUGACGUGCGGACCUUGCGGGCUUUAGUAUUCCGAAUUAAGUCAGCAGUUGUAUCACCGGUUUACCAUCUACAGGAUACUGCCGAAGUCGAUUGGACCCCUUUGCUUUACAUCCUCGAAUCACAGAUGAGACAGGCUGCGCGGAGAGAAGGCGUGGUUCUGCAGCGGAAUCUACUCGACAUAGCCUUCGACUACCGGUAUCGGAAAUGUACUAUGCCCCACGAUAGGUACUUUGCGGUGCUUGGAAUAAUGGAAGAUGAUCGGGGAGGUUCGAUGUGUUUCGAGCCAAACUAUAACAUAAGCGUGGAAGAGUUGCAUCAACGAUUCACCGCCGAGAUCCAGCGCAUCAGCGAGAUAGAGGAUGUUCCACUUGUGUAG